AUGAGCAAAGACAUGCGCAACGACGAAGAAGAUUCAGAGAAGGAUUUGGUCAUCCCACACGGAGAAGAAGCGAACGAGGCGGCAGCGGAGAAGGAUAACGGAGGAUUAGACGAAGCAGAUAAGUCUGAUAAAUUCGUAACCGUCGUCGUCGAUCUUAUUCUUAGGCCAUGGAUUUGUGGUGUUUGGGCUCUGUAUCUUGAAGAAAAGGAUCGGGCCCUUAGGGUUUGGCCGAAUUGCUUUGGAUCUAGUAUCAAUUGCUUGAUUUUGCUUCGGGCCCUAGGGUUUGACAAUUGCUGGUUCGUAUCUGGGCCACAAGAUGAGAUUCAUGUUGUUAGAGCAUGUUUAACGCAGGGCGCUUAA